AUGGCCGCAGCAGACGUCGAAUAUCGUUGUUUCGUCGGUGGCUUGGCGUGGGCCACCACUGAUCAGUCUCUCGAGCAGGCGUUCUCAAAAUACGGCGAGGUUCUCGAAUCGAAGAUCAUCAUCGAUCGCGAGACUGGUAGAUCAAGAGGUUUCGGAUUCGUUACCUUUGGCGACGAAAAAGCUAUGAGGGACGCGAUUGACGCCAUGAACGGCCAGGAGCUUGACGGGCGGAACAUCACCGUGAAUGAGGCUCAGUCCCGCGGCGGCGGCGGUGGUGGCGGUGGGGGUUUCCGUGGUGGUCCUCGCCGUGAUGGUGGUGGAUAUGGAGGAGGAAACGGCGGAGGUUACGGAGGCCGUCGUGAGGGUGGGUACGGCGGUGGAAACGGUGGUGGUGGGUACGGAGGACGCCGGGAGGGUGGUUACGGCGGGGGACGUGGUGGUGGUUAUGGCGGCGACCGUUCUGAAGGGAACUGGAGAAAUUAG